AUGCCCAAGAAAAAGCACGAGAUGUCCCAGGUCUACGGCACCAACACCAACGAGUUUAUUUUCGGCGAAAAGGGCGGCCGCGGCAAGAACUUGCUGUCGUUCUUGAAGAACUUGUCCCUCACCGGACCCCUGCGCUCCAAGCCAGAAGACGAUUCGCCCGACCGCAUCCGCAAAUUCAACUCCUCCAUCUACGGCUCCAUGGCUUACGGCUACGACUCGCCGGACCGCGGCGGCUCGGCGCUCACGUCGAUCUCCUCGGACCGCCUCUCCACAGAGACGCCGCGUGCCCAUAGACAGGCGCCCCGGCGCACGGUUUCGUCCGGCUCGGCCGCGUCCAUGGAGUCCUCCCGGCCGGCGCUGCGGCGGCCCAAAUACGCGGAUCUAGACGACGACUGGGACGCCGGGUUCAGCGACAUGAGCGCCGCCGACGGCCGCGCAGGCCGCGCGCCGCGCCCGCGCCUCGGCUCCGCGGUGGGCUUGGUCGACCUGCUCCACCCCGACUUGAUGUUUCUGGCGCCCCAACCCACCGGAGCCUCCCCCCAGCGGGACUCCGCAGACUCCCUUGCCGGGGCAGGCAGCGAGCCGGUGGCGUCGCCGGUGGCGUCGCCGGCGGCCAGCCGCGUCCAGGCGAGGCUCGCCAAGUUCACGCGCGUGCUCUGCGAGGACCCGCAGGCAGUCAACAUCCAGGAGCUACGGAGGCUCUCGUGGAACGGGGUCCCGGCGCCUCUCCGUGCGCUCACGUGGCAGUUGCUCUUGGGCUACUUGCCCACCAACAAGACCCGGCAGCUGGCGAUUCUCCAGCGGAAGCGCCAGGAGUAUGUGGAGGGCAUAAGCAAGUACCGCCUGCAGUUCGACGCCCGGACGGGCCUGCCCCAGGUGCCCGACUCCAGCAACAGAGACAACUCGGUCAACAAGGAGAAGCAGCUCUUCCACCAGAUCGACAUCGACGUCAAGCGCACCAACCAGACGUUGGCGUUGUACUCGCACGCGGCCACACAGACCUCGCUCAAGCGGAUCUUGUUCUUGUGGGCCAUCAGGCACCCCGCCAGCGGCUACGUGCAAGGCAUCAACGACAUCUGCACGCCGUUCUACCAGAUCUUCCUCGGCAACUACCUCUGGCAGCUCCAAAGGAAACAUGCCCAUGAGCACGCGGGCGCAGACGACCAGACGCCGCUAUUCAUCCCGGGGCUCCUCGACGACACAGGCUCGGACGUUCAGGAGCAGGAGCUACUCAGCGACCCCCACUUGCCGCUGUUGACGUGGGUCACGUUUGACCCGGCGAGGCUCUCAGCGAGAGUGUCCCACAUCAUAGAGGCCGACAGCUACUGGUGCAUCUCAAGAUUGCUAGACAACAUCACUGACAACUACAUACACGAGCAGCCCGGCAUCAUCAAGCAGGUCAGCGACCUACAGAGCUUGAUCUCGAAGAUCGACUUGCCGCUCGUACAACACUUCGACCAGGAGGGCGUCGAGUUCAUCCAGUUCUCUUUCCGCUGGAUGAACUGUUUGCUCAUGCGUGAGCUCUCGAUCGAUCUUGUGAUCCGGAUGUGGGACACGUACUUGAGCGAGGCGCCUUUGGGGUUCAGUGGUUUCCACAUCUACGUGUGUGCCGCGUUCCUCAUCAAGUUCAGCAGCGAGCUCAAGGAGAAGGACUUCCAGGACAUAUUGCUUUUCCUCCAAAAUCCGCCGACAAGUCUGUGGACGGAGCAGGAUAUCGAAUUGAUGCUCAGCGAGGCGUUCAUAUGGCAAAGCCUCUACAAGAGCGCCGGCGCACGGUUACGGUGA